AUGACACAAAUUCCCGAUGUCUCGGAGGCUGUUGCGAUACUUGUGAUGGGUGUCACCGGUGUCGGGAAAAGCAGAUUCAUAUCGAAGCUCACAGGAAGUGAUGCAGGUAUUGGCGAUGGCUUGACAUCGUGUGAGUACAGCGCGAACCUUGGAAGCUCCGAGUCCAUUGUUGACCAUCCAUUUCGAAUGGAAUCCCUAACGCAUAGUUUAGAUACAAAGGGUGUUGAGUUCCACAGUAUGAUGAUCAAAAACAAACUUGUGUAUUUGGUCGAUACGCCCGGCUUCAAUGACACUUAUCGUUCGGAUUUUGAGAUCUUUUCCGAAAUUGCUUUUAUUUUAUCGCAAAUCCAUCGACAAGGAAUGAAGACGGCAGGUAUUCUAUAUUUACAUCGUAUCUCCGACAACAGGGUUUCAGGAUCAACUCUGAGAAACUUAAAUCUUUUGGAAUCGAUGUGUGGUUUGGAUGCUGCUCCACGGAUGUUUCUAGUCACCACCAUGUGGGACUCAACAAAGGAGGAGACCUACGAGGCAACACUUCGAGAGUUGAGCCUGUUGAGUACAAGGCAGUUUUGGGGACGGUUCUCUGAAAAAGGCAGCCAAGCAAAGCGAUGGCGUGGUAAUGAGGGGUCUGCUCUAUCAAUUGUCGAUGAAUUGAUUUCCUCAGGGGAGGAGGGAGAUUUCAGUCCCUUUAUAAUUCAAGGUGAACUCAUUGACGAAGAAAGACCCCUCAAAGAGACAACCGCUGGACUUGAACUUAUGUCGGAGUAUAAAGCUGCUGAGAAUAAAUUGUUGGAAGAAAUACACUCACUUGAGUCGAACGAGUCAAACUCUCAGCCUGACGCCAACAGCAGUCUUCUGGAGCUUAGAGAGGGGAUCAGGAGAAUGAGAGAUGCGCAGCAAAAUCUGAAAGUAUCCACUCGCCGCCUAUUUGCUGAGAAGGAGAAUUCUUAUAGGCAAGUGCUUUCAAUAAUGAGUGAUGAGAGACGGAAGCUUUCUGUUGAGCUCCGAGAACAAAAGAGAAGAUACCAGAGAUUGCAAGAGGAGAUGAGAAGCGAUGAUGAGCUACGUGCCGAGCAUGACCUUUUUUGGAGGCGGAGAAGAGCAGAGCUUGAGCAUGAGGCGCGAUGCGGCCGUGGCAGGAGAGACAGCAUCGAAAAGGAAUGCCAAAGAAUCACAGAGAAAGAAUUGCUCUUCAAUGAGCAGCUGAGUGAAUUCCAGUCUGAACACGAGAACGAUGUGUCAGAGGUGUCGUAUAUCGUGGAGAAAACGAGAAAAAGAGACGUGGUGAAACGAAAUCUGCUCCAAUUCUUCGGUGUUUUAGCUGGAGUUAGCCUCACCACUGCUGGCUCUGUGACGGGGCUAAUUCCUCUGGCUGGAGCUGGGAUUGGAUUGACACUUAGUAGUGCCAGUAUGAUAAAUCUGUCCCGGAAGGCCGAAUAUCAAGGGCCAUAUGGGAAUCAUCAUGCCUCGUUCGUAUCUAGCACUUCUACGGCGGCUUUGGCCGGAGCUCAACUUUCAAGUCUUUUUUGA